AUGUGGGCGGCCCGCUGCUGGCCGCUGCUGGCGGCGCUGCUGCUGUGCUGGGGCCGGGCGUGUCCGUGGAGCCACCACGUGCCGCGCCACAUGAUGGACCUGUACCGGCGGGCGGCGCGCGCCCCGGGGGACGUCGUCAGGAGCCUCCACCCCAGCAACACCUCCGCGGCGGCGGCGGCGGGCGAGGACGGCGGGCCGCACCUUCUCGUGUUCGACGUGCCGCCCCCGGGGGCGGGAGAGACCCUGCUGGCCGCCGAGCUGCGCCUGCUGGUCGCCCACAGCGGCCGCGGCCGGGGGCGGGCGGUGCGCGCGCGGGCCCCGGGAGGCGGGCCCCAGGCGGCGGCGGCGGCGCUGGGCCGCGGGCCCGGGGUCAGCCUGGACGUGACGGCGGCGCUGCGGCAGCUGAGGGGCGACGCCCGGGGAGCGAGGCGGCUGCGGCUGGAGCUGAGCUCCGAGCGGCGGGUGCGCUGGCCGCACCUGCGGCCCGGGGCCUCGCUCCACGAGCUGCCCCUGCUGCUGCUGCACUACUCCAGCGGCCAGGAGCAGGCCCCGGCGCCGACCCGGCGCAGGCGAGGCGCGCCCGAUGACUACGAGGAGGAGACCAACAGCGUGUGGGACGACGACGCCGCCGCCUCCGGGGCGCCGCGACGCUCCAGGCGCCGCCGCAACGCCUGUCGCCGCCGCCCGCUCUACGUCGACUUCGCCGAGAUAGAGUACGACUCGUGGAUCGUGGCGCCCAGCGGCUACGAGGUUCGUGCCAGCAGAGUACGUACGCGGAUGUGCUGUCGGCAGGCGUUCCAGUGCGUGGGCAAGUGCUUCUUCCCCGUGAGCGAGCACCUGACCCCGACCAAGCACGCCAUCGUGCAGACCUUGCUGCACGGCGUGUCCCCGGGGAAGGUGUCGCGGGCCUGCUGCGUGCCCACCCGCCUGGAGCCCAUCUCCGUGCUGUACCUGGACCAGCGCGGCGUGCUCACCUACCGCUUCAGCUUCCAGGACAUGGUGGUGGCCGAGUGCGGCUGCCGGUAG